UCAUAGCCUUAAUAGUUCAAAGGUGUACCUUGUGUGUUGGCACAAAGAACAAACAGUUUUCCAUUGCCCAAAUAUUAUCCUCUUCCCCAAACGCUAUCAAUCUCAAAUCAAAUAAAUAAACUCCAAACAAAUGGAAACAAAUGAACUAGCUCCAGUUGAAAUUGAAACCGACCCGAAUACAAAUCCAAACGCGAAUCCGAUUCCACUCCUCGAAGAAGACGUGGACGAACUUAAGAAAGUCUUCAACGGUUUCGACGCAAACGGCGACGGCAAGAUCUCCGUCAACGAACUCGAGACCGUUCUCCGAACACUGAGAUCCGACGUACCACAAGCAGAAGAACUCCGACGUGUGAUGGAAGAUCUGAGCGCUGACCGAGAAGGUUUCAUCAACUUAUCGGAGUUCGCCACGUUCUGCCGCUCCGGCAGUUCUGAAGGCGGCGAUUCAGAGCUUCGUGAUGCUUUCGAUCUGUACGACAAAGACAAAAACGGACUUAUCUCCACUGAGGAGCUUCAUCUAGCACUUGAUCGCCUCGGAAUGAAGUGCUCAGUCGAGGAAUGCCAAGAGAUGAUUAAUUCCGUUGAUUCCGAUGGUGACGGUAGCGUUGACUUCGAUGAGUUUAAGCAGAUGAUGACUGCCAAGAGCCGUGCCUUUAACGAUUCUGUUAAUUAGACGGUAGAAUUUCUCAGUCUUUGUCGCCGGUACAAGUUCCGGUGUAUUUCCGGUAAUAGAUUCCACAGUACGUUUUCUAGUUUUGCUUUACUUUACCAUAAGUAAAUAAAGGAUUCCACAGUAGCACGUUUUCUAGUUUUGCUUUUAACAUGUGGUUGGUUAUGUUAUGGCAAGUUAAUUGCCCCCACUUUGUUUUAUUUUAUUUUGUUAAUAAAUCAUACUACUUUUAUGAA